GAGAACACGAUUUUUUUCUAACGUAUUGCAACACGCAAUUGGAAGCCUGACGGACUGCAAACUCGAGAAAGAGUUGCAGGAGACGGAAGAAUUGCAGGAGAAGGAAGAGUUGCAGGAGACGGAAAGCCAGAGAGACAAAAAUGAAGAUAAAGAAGAAGAUCAAGGUGAUGAAACAGAUGAUCAAAAGGAAAAAGAUCAAGGUGAUGAAAAAGAUGAUCAAAAGGAAAAAGAUCAAGGUGAUCAAGAAAACGAAAAGAAAGAUCAAAUUGAUGUGACUUCCUUUAAAGUCGAAGCUAGAAACCAUAAUGCUCAUGGAAUAACAUACUUAGAAGGAAGAUGGAGUGAUGAGAAAUUACAAAGACUCUCAACGUUAGCAUUAGAAGUAAUCGUAUGUCUUGGAGAUCAAGAAGCAUUCGGACUACUAAUGGAAAUUAAGCGUAAAUUAGAUACUGAACUCAUAGAACGACUGUCCUCAACAAGAAAGAGAAAGCACGAAGAAGAAGAUGUGUGUGCGAAGAAAAGAAAUCUGACAAAUAUAGAGUAUGGAGAGUUUACAGACUUUGCCUUAUGUUUAGUUAGCAAACUGGAAAGGAAUGAGAAACAAGCAAGUCAAAUCGUACGAAUGGUUAUAGAUAAAAAUGAGGUAUUGGUGAACGUCCGGAAAAGUUUAAUAACUCAGAAAGAUGAGGAUAAGAAAAUUAAGAAAUUCGUGGCUCUUACGAAUUUCCAGUUUGAUAUGGCGGGAUCGAAACCACGUGGGCUGCAUUUGUGUCGAGACAUUUAUGAUCUUACGGAUUUACGUCCAGAGUACUGGC